AUGGAACGCCUUAAAAGAGAAGAAGUUAUUUUACGAUCAAAUUUAGCGUUGACACGUCCACCUUUACCAUGUUCACCACCACCAAUUUGUACACCAUCUGUUCAAAAAUUAAGAUUUAUACAGGAUAAAGAAUUUACAGAUAACAUUUAUGCUAAUAUUUCAUUAUUCAAUUCUUCUAAUAAUAAUGAAAUGAAAAAAUCAAUAUCAUUAGAUUUAUCAUUUAUAACACCAACAUCUAAUGUCCAACCAACCGGUAAAAAUCAUUUUAAUGAUAUUCCAAAUGAAGUUUUACAAAUUAUAUUUAAUCAAUUAGAAUUAAAAGAAAGAUGUAAAGUUUCAAUGGUAUGUAAAAGAUUUUAUCAUUUUCUAACAUCUGGAUAUUUUCCAUUACAAAAUGUUGUCGUAUUAAAUAUUUUUGAAAAGGACAUUUGGGAAAAAACUGUUAGUAAAAAUGCAGGUGUUAAAGUUCAAUGUGUUAAAAUCAAUAGCUUAGAUCUACUAAAAAGUGUUUUUAUGCAUUGUAGUCAACCAUCUAGUGUAAAAUUAUGGUAUAGUAAAAAAAAUUUUGCCAAAUCUGUUUAUGAUUGUAUAAAAGAAUCAAAAGUUAAAUUACGAUGUUUAGAUGUUUAUCCAUAUAGUUCUGAUCUGGGUUUAUCCUACAUUUAUGAUUAUUUGCCAGAUCUUACGGGAAUGACAAUGAGACCUCAUGGUCCACAAUUUUUUUGGUCAGGAUUAGAUGUUGAGACGUUUCCAAAUUUUGCCAAAAUGGAAACAUUACUUUUAGAUAGUUUUAAUGUUGGAUCAAAUACAGAACUGCCACCAAAUUUACAUACAUUUGAAUGGUUAAAUAGAGGUGAAGGAAAAUUUAGUGAAAUAUUACCUAAAAUUGAAAAACUUACUAAAUUAGAAUAUUUAAUGUUAGGGCAUGCAGAAAUAUUAUCAAAUAAUGAAUUUGUUAGAUUUAUAUCAUCCAUAUCAUCUACACAUUUACCAUUACUUCAAUAUAUUAUUUUUCGUUUUUGUAAAAUUGGUCGAACCAAUGAAGGAGGAAAUAGAUUUGAUUAUUCAUUGCCUAUUCAAGGAGCACCACAACAUUUAGAUAAUAGUAAAUUAGAAGAUUUAAUACUACCAAAUAAUUUACAUUUAAAUUCAUUAAAAGUUUUGAAACUUGAUCUCUGUUACGGGAAUUUGACAAUCAUUAUAGAUAAAUUUUUAUCAUUAACGGGUUCAAACUUAAAAAUACUUUCAUUAAAUGUAAUUUCAGAUGAUUCGUCUUUAGAUGAUAUAUAUGAAAUUGCUAGAAGAUUAAAUGAUAGAGGUAUAACAUUACAUUUAGGAUUAUUACAAAAAGAUAAAAGAAAAAAGAAUCAACCUACACCUGAAUAUAAAAUUCCACCUAAUGCAAUGAACAAUGUAUUAUCAAAAUUUGAAGCAAGUUUUGUUGAUGAUAAUGCUUUACUUAAUAUACUUAUUAAUUCUCAUUCAUAUAACAAAUUAACUGAUAUUAAAUUUGUUCAAUGUCCUAGUGUAACCAAUGAUACUCUAACUCAUAUUGCAAAUUAUUGCACAAAAGUUAAAAAAAUGAGUGUAAUUAAUUGUGAUGAUGCUACAGAACUUGGAAUGUUGCAAUUUGUAAAAGCUUUUCACCAAAGAAAAUCUCAAAAUCUUCAAAUUAUAUGGAAACGUGAUAGAAAAUAUGCCAGACCAGCAUCUUUUUAUCUUCAAUUAGUUAGUGAUCACCAAGAUUUACUUAAAGGAUUAAAAGCAAGAUUUUUUUCUAAAAAAUUUUGUGAAGAAAAUGAUGGUGAAAGGAUUGUUAUAUGGGAUAAUGAUAAAAAAAUGUUAAAUAUUCAAGAUUAUAAUGAAGGUGAUCAACAUCGUGUCUUAGGAAUUGUUAUGACAAUACCUACUAGUAAUUCUGGGUCUUCAACGCCAACACAAUUGAUACCUAUUGAUAUGGAAACCAUAUAA